GGUGGUUUCAUCCGCCUCCCGGGCUAAGAGAAGACUCCCGCUAAGCCAACGCCGUGGCGCUUAUCCACUUAGCCCUUUCUGCUAUCACCAGCAUACUUCGUGUGUUCUUUGAUCAUUGUCAUUCGCUCAUCCUUCUCGACGGGUUGUCUGGACAUGCCUGCACAAGCGGAUGCCCGCCCCCGCCAGCGACGCCGUCGGGUUUGUACCGCCUGCGAUGCCUGCCAUCGGAGAAAAAUCCAAUGCGAUACGGUACAACCUAGAUGCAAUUGGUGCUCCCAUCACGAUACCCCGUGUACCUAUUCCCGCUACCACCGAGUCAAGACUGCAAAGGCUGGGAGUGCGCACCUUGUUAGGCCUAGCGCCGGGUCUCCAACCCAAUCUUCAAGAAGUACUGGCCCUUGGUCUGAUGAUCAAACCGCUACUGAUCGUGAAGCUCCAAUUUCAGCAGGCAAUUCUGCCCAAGGCAUUGACUCGUCUUCAGAAACCCCAUCAUCGGAUCUGGGCGGCCACGGACCGCAGGCGUUUCGCCCCGUUUUCAGAAUGAACCACAUUAGUACCUUCAAUGGAUUGCCAUUUUUCUCACCAGGCGGACAGCAAUGGAUUGAGAAGCAGACCGGCAUAAGGAUCAAUCUGCAAGAGUAUUACGCCUCGGGCCCACCGUGGCAGGUCCAACCCAGGUUUAAAGCACAGCCCAAACAGGGUCAAACGGAGGGACGAAGAACCAUGAGCCUACCCACGAGGUCCCUGUUGUAUCAAUUCUUGCACGCAGCUGCAUCCAUCAAGUUUGCGCUAGCCACUUCGCUCGUCGACGAGGAAUUGUUCGAGUGCACCAUCAACGCGGCUUUUGAUGGCCAACUCUCGCAGACCUCACCGGCACCGGUGAGUGCGCGAGCAUGCAUUCUGGCGUUUUCCGCUCUGGUGCUGGGGAUGGUCCCGGACAUGGUUCUUGCAGCGGAUGGCGACAGUGAUGACUACGCCCUGGCAGCGCUUGCGCUGUUACCGGAGGUGUUCGCGGAGUCGGUCACUGUGGAUGGGCUCCAGGCGCUGUUAAUGCUGGCUAUUCACUGCGCAGUGUCGUCGGGAGAUCCAUAUACUCUCAACAUGUUACUCUCGAGUGCGGCAAGAUUUAUCUUCCAGUUGGGAGGGAAUCUCCAUCCCUCCGCCACUGCGUUUCAAUUGCCCUCGCGAGCAGAUCUGCACGUGAGGAAUCUGUUCUGGACCUGUUUUCUGGUCGACAAAGAAUUCUGUCUGCAAACUGGUUCCCCUCCGUGCCUGGUGGAUACUCACUGCGAUCUGACCGUACCCGAUGGGCUGCGUCAUGCCGAAAGCCUUGAUGAGGGGCCGUUGUGGUUUUCUGCCCUGGUGCGGUUAAGUGUUAUACAAGGCCAUAUCUUCGACCGGCUAUAUUCCGCACGCGCUCUGCAACAAAACGACGCCGAACUUCUGAGCACUAUCCGCACUCUGGAUACGCAGUUGGAAGACUGGCGGUCCGCGCUCCCGGCUGCCAUCCGGCCCGCUCUGUCCCCGUCCCCGCUCACGGGAAGUUCUUUGGUGGAUAAGCACUCGGCGGUGCUCCAGGUGCAGUGGCAUUACUGCAUGAUGGCCAUUCACCAGGCCAGUUGUCGGUGUAUUACGUGGAUGGAAACUCGAGAGACCCAUAUCGAUGGACUCAACUCCAGUUUGACCAUCUCGGUGCAGGCUGCCCGUAUGUUACUUCGAAAGUUUUGCGGCAUGCACCUCCGAUUCGAGCAAGAUACGAUGCGGUUCUCCCUCUUUCAUAUCAGCUCGGCUGUGAUCACCCUCUUCUGCAACGUCCUGCUUCGCCCCUUGAACCCGGACAGUCUGGAUGAUGUGGUGCUCAUUGAAGGCCUGCCCCAUCACUUUCAAAACUACGAUCCCGGAACCACCAUGGUGGAGCCAUUUAUCGAGUACUUGGGACAUCUCGCGAGAUGCGCCGUGGUGAAAGCCACUGCGUCGACUUGAGUCAGCCCCGCCUCGGGGGAGGAGCCGACGCCUCGCUCUGAAUCCCGAUAGGCCGGAUCUGCCGACUUCGGGCUCCUGGCCCGUAACCCAAUCUGGUGCCCGCUGGCCACCGA